CACCAAACUCUUUAAAAAAGUAUUGGAAUUAUCAAAGAAAUCCUUAACAGAUGAAAAAAUGAGGGAAAAUUCUUAGUCUCCAGAUCCUCACUGACCAUCCGUACCCUUGCCGAUCACAGCAGCAAAUUAUUGAGGUGCUAAGUAUUUGUGGAAAAUGGAGAUAAAAUGUGGUAAUGAAAGUGAAAAAGAGAUGAGUUAUAGAUGUGUUGAAUGUGGAUUUUCAGUGACAACACUUUACAUACAGUAUUCUCCUGGCAAUAUCCGUCUCAUGAAAUGCGGAAAUUGCAAAGCAGUUGCUGAUGAGUACAUUGAAUGUGAACUUAUGAUAUUGGUUAUUGACUUGAUUUUGCAUAAAAUUAGAGCCUACAGACACUUGUUCUACAAUAGGUUCUCUCGAGGGACUUUGGAUGAUGAGGUCUUGUUGUGGAAAUUAUCUCUCGGCUUCCUGAUUUUAGAUGCUUACCAAAUGUUGGCGGUAUGCACAACUCAAGAUGAGAGGAGUUUGCCUGCAAGCUUUGCCUCAUUUCUGGGGCUUUGUGGAAAGGUGCUCGUAGGAGUCUUCUUUGGGAAUCUCAUGUUUCUUGGUAUAAUUCUAUUUGGCACAAGGAGGUUUCUGAAUUCAACAAAUGGAGAUUCAAGAUGUAAGCAUAUAUUGCUUUCGAUCCUCGUUUCAAGUUACUUCAAGAUUUUCGUUAUUGCCAUGAUGGUGUGGGAGUUUCCCUCUUCCGUUGUUUUCAUCAUUAAAAUGUUUGUCGUGUCAUCUAAUGCACUGGCAUUACUGGUGAUCACGGAUGACCGCAUGAUUAGAUGCAUAUGGAUCUGCUUUGCUGCACAUGCCAUGAAAUUCCUUGUUACUCAAGGUCUUGGAGCAUAUCGAAAGCUAGUUCUUUGGUAGUCAUUUGGCAGAGUUUAUAGAUACAUACUCUUUUAAAUGGUUGCAUCUGGCAUUGGCUUGAGGGUGAUUUCAAAUGCCAAAUGGUUCAGGCUGAAGAUCCCAUCUUGCGUUGCUCCUGAGGGGUGUAAAUCAAGGCAUUUAAAAUCGUCUCAUUAGACUUGGGUACCCUGAAAGCUGGUCGUUUCUUUUGUCUAUAACAUUUCCUACCUGUUGCGUGUCCAACAUACUAGAAUAAGCAAGUUGGUGUUCUCAGAUCGGAAAAUUUGACUCUGAUGAUCGCUGGGAUGCCUGAGGGGCAUAGUUACUCAUAUUAUGAUAACAUUGUUCUAUUUUUUCAUGUUUUCAAUAGAGAUUUAUGUUCUCUGGAUAACAGUUCAUUUAGAAUGUAGGUUAGCAUUAAUCAGGAGAAUCAUCUAUUAGCACUAUUCUGUUGUUAUUACCACAAUUAAUGCUUUUAUAGGACAAUGCUGAUUCGAUGAGUUGAAGAAUGAAUCUUAAUUCA